AUGCAAGACAAUUCUGCUCUUGAUCAAAUAAAUCACCAUUAUUAUUAUCCACUUCCAGGGUCAGAUUCUUCUGCUGCAAAAUCUGAUCUUAAUAAUGAGGAAAAAGAAGGAACUUCAGCACAGGAUGCCUCUCACAAACAUAACAUAUCAGAGGAUUCUGUUUCAUACCAAAACAAGGGUCAUCUCAACAAAUAUGCACUUGCUGGUGCUAUUUUGGCUUCCACAAACUCUAUUCUAUUGGGUUAUGAUAUUGGGGUCAUGAGUGGUGCUGUGCUUUUUAUAAGGGAAGAUCUCAACCUCACACUAGUCCAAGUAGAAGUCCUUGUUGGGUGCUUGAAUGUAUGUUCAUUGAUUGGAUCUCUUGCCUCAGGCAAGACUUCUGAUUGGAUAGGAAGAAGGUACACCAUAAUUCUUGCUGCAGCAACAUUCUUAAUAGGUGCUGUGUUGAUGGGGCUAGCACCUUCAUUCUCAUUCCUCAUGGCUGGUCGUGUAGUUGCUGGCAUUGGUGUUGGUUACUCUCUUAUGAUUGCCCCAGUUUAUGUAGCUGAGCUUUCUCCUACUCUUACAAGAGGCUUCCUCACAUCACUCCCUGAAGUCUUCAUCAAUGUUGGCAUUUUACUUGGUUACAUUUCAAACUAUGCUCUAUCAGGACUUCCAAAUAACAUAAACUGGAGACUAAUGCUUGGUGUUGCAGCUGUGCCAGCAAUUGUAGUGGCACUAGGUGUGCUAGCAAUGCCAGAGUCACCUAGAUGGCUUGUAGUGAAGGGUAGGUUUCAGGAAGCAAAGCAGGUUUUGAUUAGAACAUCAGAUAACAAAGAAGAAGCUGAACUGAGGCUUGCAGAAAUAUCAGAAGCUGCUUCCAUAAGAAACCAUGGACAAGGGGUUUGGAAGGAGUUGCUUUUAACACCCUCUCGCCCUGUCUUAAGGAUUCUUGUAGCUGCCAUUGGUGUCAACUUCUUCAUGCAAGCUUCUGGGAAUGAUGCUGUGGUAAUUUAUAGCCCACAAGUGUUUAGGCAAGCUGGGAUUCAGAGUGAGAAGCUGCUUGUAGGUGUUACAAUCAUCAUGGGAAUAGCCAAGACUAGCUUUGUUUUCAUUUCAGCUUUGUUCUUGGACCGAUUUGGGAGGAGGCCCAUGUUGUUGUUUGGUUCAUGUGGCAUGGUAGUCUCAUUGUUUAUGCUGGGCUUGGGCUGCACCUUGCUUCAAUUCUCUGAUGACAAGCCCGGAUGGACCAUUGCUUUAUGUGUGGUUGCUGUGUGUGCUACAGUUUCCUUCUUCUCUAUUGGGCUUGGGCCCAUAACAUGGGUAUACUCAUCAGAGAUUUUCCCUAUGAGGUUAAGGGCCCAAGGUUCCAGCUUGGCCAUUUCUGUGAAUCGUUUGGUGAGUGGAUUAGUGUCCAUGACAUUCCUUAGUGUCUCAGAGGCAAUAACGUUUGGGGUUGUGUUCUUUGUGCUUUCUGGGGUAAUGGUAGUUGGCACAGUUUUCUUUUAUUACUUUUUACCAGAGACCAAAGGCAAGAGCUUGGAGGAGAUUGAAGCUUUGUUUGAAGAUGAGGUUCAUCAAGGACAAGUCCUUGCUUAG